CUGACCAAUAGAGCGUUGCACACGGACUGGGUCAGGAGAAGUGGAGGUGUCGCGCCGCACGCGACGCGAUAAAACGGUGCAGCGCUGGAAACCAAUAGCGGGUGAUUUCGACUCGUUAUAGAGUAGCUGGAUUCCAGAAAGUUCACGUAUUCAAUUCGCGUUUCCCCCGGAUCCACAUCGAGACAAACCAUAUUAAAGGCGUCACUGCUAGUGUUUACACGCUGUCCUUAAUAACAAAUAUUCACGUGCGGUUUAUAACCCUCGCGCGCAGACGUUAUUCAUGAAAUCAGUAGCAUUUCGGCAGGCUUGGCCUACGUAGGUUUGAUAUUCACAGAAAGUUACGUUGGAUCUGGGCUUCACAGCGCUGCCGUUUUCUCGACACUCGCGAGCAGUUUCCUGACGCACAGGUUUUCUGGGUACAAGCCUAAAAGAUGUUGCUGAAAGUUGGAGGGAUGCGUGCUGCUCUGGGUGUCUUGGCGGUACGCAGGGCCUGCUGUCUGUUCCGCUCCGCUCAUACGGCACCACAGACACUGGAGUAUAAACCGAUUAAAAAAGUCAUGGUGGCCAACCGAGGAGAGAUUGCGAUCCGGGUGUUCCGGGCGUGUACAGAGCUGGGCAUCAGGACGGUGGCUGUGUACUCGGAGCAGGACACUGGCCAGAUGCACAGGCAGAAGGCAGACGAGGCCUACCUCAUAGGAAAGGGCCUGCCUCCUGUCGCUGCUUAUCUCCACAUACCAGACAUCAUCAAAGUGGCCAAGGAGAAUGACGUGGAUGCUAUCCACCCAGGCUACGGUUUUCUGUCUGAGAGGGCCGAUUUUGCUCAGGCGUGUGCUGAUGCUGGCGUACGCUUUGUCGGCCCUACUCCUGAGGUCGUCCGUAAGAUGGGGGACAAGGUGGAGGCUCGUGCCAUUGCUAUACGUGCUGGUGUACCAGUGGUCCCUGGAACAGAUGCUCCUAUUUCCUCCUUGCAAGAAGUGCAGGAGUUCUCCAACACGUAUGGCUUCCCAAUCAUUUUCAAGGCGGCGUACGGAGGCGGGGGCCGUGGCAUGCGGGUGGUGCGUGAGUACGAGGAGCUAGAAGAGAAUUACCAGCGGGCCUACUCUGAAGCCCUGGCUGCCUUUGGCAAUGGAGCCCUGUUUGUGGAGAAAUUCAUUGAGAAGCCGAGGCACAUUGAAGUGCAAAUCCUGGGUGAUAAGUACGGGAACGUGGUUCACCUGUACGAGAGGGACUGCUCUAUCCAGAGGAGACACCAGAAGGUGGUGGAGAUUGCUCCAGCGUCACAGUUAGACCCCCACCUCAGAGACCGACUAACCGCAGACUCCGUCAACCUGGCCAAACAGGUCGGCUAUGAGAACGCUGGCACGGUCGAGUUCCUGGUGGAUAAGAAUGGAAAGCAUUACUUCAUCGAGGUGAACUCUCGUCUCCAGGUGGAACACACCGUUACCGAGGAGAUCACAGAUGUGGAUUUGGUGCAUGCACAGCUGCGGGUGUGUGAAGGCCGCAGCCUGCCCGAGCUGGGUCUGAAGCAGGAUAAAAUCAAGAUCAAUGGCUCUGCCAUACAGUGCCGUGUGACCACUGAGGAUCCCGCACGGGGCUUCCAGCCGGACACAGGGAGAAUAGAGGUUUUUCGCAGCGGAGAAGGGAUGGGCAUUCGGCUAGACAGUGCUUCUGCUUUCCAGGGCGCCGUGAUCUCCCCACACUAUGAUUCUCUCCUGGUUAAAGUCAUUGCCAGUGGUAAGGACCUUCCUGCCGCUGCUGCCAAAAUGAGUCGGGCCCUCGCAGAGUUCCGCGUGCGUGGGGUCAAGACAAAUAUCCCUUUCCUCCAGAAUGUGUUGAGUAAUGACCAGUUCCUUUAUGGCACCGUGGACACGCAGUUCAUCGACGAGAACCAGGACCUUUUCAUCCUCAAACCUGUUCAGAACCGAGCCCAGAAACUCCUGCAUUAUCUAGGUCAUGUCAUGGUGAAUGGCCCAACGACUCCCAUCCCUGUAAAGGCUAAGCCUUCCUCCGUUGAUCCAGUCAUCCCACCGGUGACUCUCGGAGCGCCUCCAACGGGUUUUAGGGAUGUUUUGCUGAAAGAAGGCCCUGAAGGCUUUGCCAAAGCGGUGCGUGCCCACAAAGGUCUGCUGUUGAUGGAUACUACCUUCAGAGAUGCCCACCAGUCACUCCUGGCCACUCGGGUGCGCACUCAUGACCUCAAAAAGAUUGCACCGUUCGUGGCUCACAACUUCAGCAGCCUCUUCAGCGUGGAAAACUGGGGAGGUGCUACAUUUGAUGUGGCAUUGCGCUUCUUAUGUGAGUGUCCUUGGAAGAGGUUGCAGGAGUUGAGGUCUCUGAUCCCCAAUGUGCCUUUCCAGAUGCUUCUGAGAGGAGCCAACGCUGUAGGAUACACAAACUACCCAGACAAUGCAGUCUACAAGUUCUGCGAGGUGGCCAAAGAGAAUGGCAUGGAUAUCUUCCGUGUCUUUGACUCUCUGAACUACCUGCCCAACAUGCUGCUGGGAAUGGAGGCAGCUGGUGCAGCAGGAGGUGUGGUGGAAGCAGCCAUCUCUUACACAGGCGAUGUCUCUGACCCCAUGAGACAGAAAUACUCUCUGGAUUACUACUUGAAGCUGGCUGACGAGCUUGUGAAGGCUGGCACGCACAUACUUUGCAUCAAGGAUAUGGCCGGGUUGCUGAAACCAGAAGCUAGCCGUUUGCUGAUUGGUGCUCUGAGGGAUCGUUUUCCUGACACGCCCAUUCACGUGCACACUCAUGACACGGCGGGCGCCGGCGUGGCAGCCAUGUUGGCGUGUGCUGAAGCCGGAGCUGAUGUCGUCGAUGUUGCAGUGGACUCGAUGGCUGGCAUGACCUCCCAGCCCAGCAUGGGUGCCAUCGUCGCCUGCACUAAAGGAAACAAAUACAACACCGGCAUAUCUCUGGAUAAGGUCUUUGACUACAGUGAGUACUGGGAAGUGGCCCGUGGUCUUUACGCUCCAUUUGACUGCACAGCCACUAUGAAAUCCGGGAACGCGGACGUCUAUGAGAACGAGAUCCCAGGAGGCCAGUACACCAACCUGCACUUUCAGGCUCACAGCAUGGGCCUAGGCAACAAGUUCAAGGAGGUGAAGAAAUCCUACACUGAGGCCAACAAACUGCUCGGAGACCUCAUCAAGGUGACCCCGUCUUCGAAGAUUGUGGGCGACCUGGCGCAGUUCAUGGUGCAGAACUCCCUGACACGGGCCGAGGUGGAAGAGCGGGCCGAUGAGCUCUCCUUCCCUCUCUCAGUGGUGGAGUUCCUACAGGGCCACAUUGGCAUCCCUCAUGGAGGCUUCCCUGAGCCAUUCAGGUCUAAGGUGUUGAAAUCGCUGCCUCGUAUAGAGGGUCGUCCAGGUGCUUCGCUCCCGCCGAUGGACUUCACGGCUUUAGAGAAGCAGCUGCGCGAGUCACAUGGUGAGGACAUCACUCCAGAGGAUGUGAUGUCAGCAGCCAUGUACCCCAAAGUGUUCCAGGAGUUCAAGGAGUUCACCAACACCUUCGGACCUGUCGACUGCCUCAACACCCGCCUCUUCCUGGAUGGGCCAAAGAUCGCAGAGGAGUUUGAGGUGGAGCUGGAGAGAGGCAAGACUCUCCAUAUUAAAGCUCUGGCACUGGGGGAUCUGAACAAGGCUGGUAAAAGAGAGGUCUUCUUUGAGCUCAAUGGUCAGCUGAGGUCUGUCCUGGUCAAAGACACCGUGGCCCUGAAGGAGAUGCACUUCCACCCAAAGGCUCUGAAGGACGUGCGAGGCCAGGUGGGAGCGCCCAUGCCAGGGAAAGUGGUUGAGGUCAAGGUCAAGGAGGGCCAGAAGGUGGAGAAAGGCCAGCCUCUGUGCGUCCUCAGCGCUAUGAAGAUGGAGACAGUGGUGAACUCGCCGGUUUCCGGCACCGUGGCUAAAGUUUACAUCAAAGUCGACAGCAACCUGGAAGGAGAUGACCUCAUUCUGGAGAUCACAGAGUAAACCAAGCAACAUCGCAAAAACAUCCAGGAUACAGCUUGGAAAAUUGCUAUCAGCUUCCGUAUGGGGCUUUAUACAAGCACAGAAACACGCACACACAUGCGCACACAUGCACACACACAACAAAAGCGCACACACAUUUUGAAGAUGUAUGCACAGAUUUUACAAACUGAUGGAGUGAGGGAGUUCAAUAUUUAGUCAUAAAUGAUCAUAGUUAUUGCCUAAUGUAUCUGGAAAUUGGUGUUUGUGCACUGGAUGCAGAAGAGUUCUUGUUUUUUGUGUCAUCUGAAUCUAUUUUACAUAAUCACCUGUCAUGUGUAAUCACCAAAGCUAAUGAUCCAUGAGCUGGAAACUAGUGUUACAUUAACAUUGAGUGUCUCUGUUAAUGUCGAUGUCAUUAUGUCUUAGAAAAAUGUAGAAAUAGGAUUGUGGUGGUAAAGAGAUGUUUCAUUAAGAGAAAGAUCAUGCAAUAAAUGAAAAGGGUGUAAUUAUGAAAUUAUAACUCAAAAUUAAAUCAAAAGAAAUAUACAGUAAAUAGCAUCUAAUUUCUUGUACCGUAUCCUUUUGGGUGUUGCCUUUAUUCCUGAUUAAACUAAAAGAGAAAUGAAAGUGCCCAUGUAAACCUGCACCUUUCUGCCUUUUUCUGGUCAGUUGAGCUUAUUUCAGACUUUUUAUUGUUAGCUAAUACACUUCCAAUCAUUUAACAAAAUAUAAAUGUUUAACUUGAAAUAAUGUCAUGGUGAAUAUGAUGUACAGUAUAUGUUAGCACUGAGAGCUCUGCUGCAAUUUACCCAGAAUGCAUUAGUCAGUGUUAAAGUAGUGUCUGGCUGGCCUCUGAUGAAAUUCUGCCAUUCUUGGCUGAGUUUUAAUCAUCACAAUGAGCAUUGAUGAUAUGAGGUCCCACGAAACCCUGGAGUCUCACAGCUCAUGCAAAGUUAGCAGGAACCUCGUUCCCUAGCACUGGUUUCAAAUUAUCGUUCCAAUUUGCCCCUGAAUGUGAAUAUCAUACCAGUCCUGUUACAUUCCUCCUGGGAUCAGGCGCACCAUGUUUUGGCCUACAGAGCUGUGUUCCCUAGCUUUCUUUCCUUUUCUGUCGCUCACUACAGCACUGCCACUGGAGGUUUCUCAUUUGAAGUGUUGGUUGUUUUUUUUGUUUUUUGUAGCUGGGAAUCAAAUGCGAGGUUUGCAAGAGCAGUCUAUGGAGAGCACUUAACACCGUGCGUUCAUACACUUGAAUAGUGGCAAAUUGGUAAUCCGUUAGGCAACACCUGGAGUGCCUCGCUUUCGGCUGUGGAGUACUGUUAAAUUGGUGACUAACAUUUAAUCACUAUUGCUGUCUUUUAACCUUUUAACAUUAACAUCUCAACACAGUUGAAGAGGUCUGGUGUAACCAUGUCGACCAUGCUAAUUGUAGUCUAAAGACACAACUAAAACGCAUGUUACAACUGUAAAUUGAUGCUACUGUAGAAUUGAACUACUUGUUGUCCCACCAUGCACUAGUGAAAAAUAAACUGGAAUCGCUGCUAAAGAAGUUUUUUCACCUUGAUGUCCCUCCAAAGCAUCUGUAGUGUAUGUGCAAUGCUCACAGAGAAGAAUUUCACAUGUUUCCCAGUGCUGAGAAAUCAACAUCAAAACCCAUUUGCUGGAACUCAUAACUGGAGUCUAAGAGCAGUUGUUAAAUUCUAUCAAACAGCUUUAAGAGUGCAACCAUUACACCAGUAAUAAAGGUGCAAUUAUGAGACAGAUGAGAAGUCUUACCAAAGCAGUUCUUGUGCAGAUUUAUAUCGUUUUCAAACACGUUGGCAAUACAAUAGGAAGCAGUUCUGUUUACUUUUAAUUUCCUGAAGAUUUUCAGUAUCCGUGAGCAAUCUGAUGGAUAGUAAUGACUAACUGUAACUGCAAAAUUUCCACACUAUAGAACGUAAGCCACUACUGAGUCCACUUGUUUUACUUGUCUUAUUAGAGCAUUAUUAUUUUAUUUUAUUUUUUUUUAAACUGUUUUGUCAGAAGUUUGGGUUAUGUUUUGCAUUUUGUGGCAGAGCUCCAGAUACUGUCUGUAUGUAGUUCCACACAUAUUCCCCAUAUUCACAUGGGUUUACAUAUUCACUGGUUUCCUCCCACCUCCCAAAAUCCUGCUUCAGGUAGUUUUGACUGUGCUAAAUUACCCUUAGGUGUGAAUCUGUGAGUUCACUGUGUCCUGCAUUGAACUCGCCUCUCAUUAAGAGUGUAUACCCACCUCACACCAGGUUUCCCAGGAUGAAGCACUUCCUGAUAUCUGAAAAAGAUUUCAACCAAUGAAUAGCUUAAGUAACAUAUUAGUUUGAACUUAAGAAUAAAUAGUUUAAAAGAAAGUGAUUUACUGCCCCAACAGCUACCCUUAGACUUCCAUCGUUGGUGGUUAGGUUGAACUCUGUUUUCUCAGUACAGAGAAAUGUAUCGGGAUGUGUUGUCUGUAUGUGUUGCAGUCAAUUUAAAAGGAAAGGGUGUUAAACUGCGCGUUUAUGCAGUUAUCCAGCCGACAUCUUUCUACUCAACUUUCCAGUUUUGGUAUAGCCUUAGAAUUGCCCUGACAGGCGUGAAACCCGAUGUGGUCCUUCUGCUGUUGUAGCUGAAGAUUCACGUCAAGGUUCGAUGUGUUGUGCGUUCUGAGAUGCUUUUCUGCUCACCACAGUUGUAAAGUGUAGUUCUUUGAGUUACUGUGGACUUCCUGUCAGCUUGAACAGAUCAGUCUGGCUAUUCUCCUCUGACCUGUUUAUUGUGAACAUUAACAGAAGCUCUUAACCUGUAUCUGCAUUUUAUGCACUGUGCUGCUGUCACGUGACUGGCCGAUUGGAUACAGUAACUUCAUGAAUCAGCAGGGGUCCAGUGAGUGUAUGUGGUAGAUACAGAUUGGGGUGAGAAUUUCUGUCACUAGCUCAUACUGCAGUUAAAUCCUUAAACCUGUUUACUAAUCAUACUGACAUGUCUACUGAACAUUGUAUAGUGCUCUCUCUCUCUCUCUCUCUCUCUCUCUCUCUUUUUAUAUAUAUAUAUAUAUAUAUAUA